UGAGUUGCAUAUUGUUUUGACAGCUGAGUGUGUUGAUAUUACGUGUAGCUUUAACUCGGGUGCAGGACCACAGAGAAUUUGCUGAUACGCAAAGAAUCAGCAAAUUCGCCCCCACCCCACAUCCCACAAAAAAAAAACCCACAGCAACAUUCCAAACAUGAACCUAGUCGAGCAGGAGCAUGACGCGAAAAAGGAUCACAUCAACGAAAUCGUCCUGUCCGAGGACGUGCAGCGUGCCAUCGAGCAGGUGCUGCAGAGCUCCGACCCGCUCGACCAGCCCGACUUCAAUCCGACCGACUACAUCAACCAGCUGUUCCCGAACGAGCAGUCGCUGUCCAACAUCGACGAGGUGAUCGCGAAGAUGGAGUGCGACAUCAGCCUGAUCGACGACAACAUCCGCAGCGUGGUGCGGGGCCAGGUGAACACGGGCGAGAAUGGGCGCGUUGCGCUGAAGGAAGCGCAACAGUCGCUCACGCAGCUGUUCUCCCUCAUCACCGACAUCAAGAGCCGGGCGGAGAAGACCGAGGACGCGGUGAAGGAGAUAACGCGCGACAUCAAGCAGCUCGAUUCGGCCAAAAACAACCUCACCUAUGCCAUCACCACCCUCAACCAUCUGCACAUGCUGGUGGGUGGGGUGGAAAAUUUGAAGCGCCUGUCGGAGCGGCGCCAGUACGGCGAGGUGCUGAACCCGCUGCAGGCCAUCAUCGAGGUUAACCAGCACUUUCAGCAGUACUCGGAGAUCGCGCAGAUCCAGACACUGUCCGCCCAGGUGCAGCAAAUCCAGUCCGAGCUGGCCACGCAAAUUACGGACGAUUUUAAGAACUUUUUCUCCCCGACGAGCCACAGCAACGCGAACCGGAUGACGCUGACGCAGCUGAAGGACGCGUGCCAGGUGGCGUCCGUGCUGGACAAGCCGGUGAAAAAGAACAUCCUCAAAUGGUUCAUAAACCUGCAACUGCAGGAGUAUGUGCAGCUGUUUCACGAAAACCAAGACAUUGCCUGGCUGGACAAGAUCGACAAGCGGUACGCCUGGGUGAAGCGCCAUUUGCUGGACUUUGAGGAAAAGUACGGCACCGUCUUCCCGCCCGACUGGGAAGUGUCCGAGCGCAUCACGGUCCAGUUUUGCACGAUAACGCGCGAGGAGCUGGCAAAGAUUGUCGCCCGCCGAAGGACGGAGAUCGACGUGAAGCUGCUACUGUUUGCCAUCCAGAAAACGGCCAACUUUGAGCAGCUGCUCGACAAGCGGUUCAACGGCACGACGCUCGUGGAGGCGACCAGCGAGGAGGUACGGCCGGAGCGCGGUUCCUUCAGCAGUCUGAUCGGCAGCUGCUUCAAGCCCUACCUGGACAUCUACACGGACAGUAUCGAUCGGGAGCUGACCGCGCUGAUCGAGCAGUUUGCGCAGGCGAAUCAACAGAUGGUCGUGCCGAAGGAAAUCAAUCCAGGCAUCCUACCGAACUGCGCCGAUUUGUUCGUAUUCUACAAAAAGUGCAUGGUACAGUGUAUGCAGCUGAGCAACGAAAAGCCAAUGUACGAUCUGGUGCUGCUGUUCAAGAAGUAUCUUCGCGAGUACGCUGCCAAGGUGCUGGAGGCACGCAUUCCCAAACCGCAGCCACCGAACACGACCACCUCCUCGAUCAGCUCCAGCAUGUCGCUGCUGACGAAGGACUUUCAAAACCUGUCCACCGCCGCCGGCCAGGUGAUACACAACUUCCUCAAGGAGGGUGAAACGCCAAGGUUCUCCUCUGAAGAUAUGCGCAAGAUUUGCUACAUUCUCGCGACGGCCGAAUACUGUCUCGAGACCGUGCAGCAGCUGGAGGACAAGCUGAAGGAAAAGAUCGACAAGCAGUACGUCGCGAAGGUAGACCUGUCGGACGAGAAGGACGUCUACCAUCGCAUCAUUUCCAACUGCAUCCAGCUGCUGGUGCACGAUCUCGAUGCGGCCUGCGAACAGUCGCUGCUGCUGAUGACCAAGAUCGCCUGGCACAGCAUCAGCAACGUGGGCGACCAGAGCGGCUUCGUCAACCAGAUCAUAACGAAUCUCAAGCAAACCGUCCCCGUGAUACGGGACAAUCUGGCCAACAGCCGCAAGUAUUACACGCAGUUUUGCCACAAGUUCGUUAACUCCUUCAUUCCCAAGUACAUCAACACACUGUACCGGCUGCGGCCGACCUCGUCCGGCUCGUCGUCCGCAUCGGGCACGGCAGCGUUGGUCGCCAGUGCGUCCAGCUCGAGCCUUUCCGAGGGUGGCGCCAGCGGUGGUGCCGCAUCCGGUGGGAACAUUCUCGGCUGCGAGCAGCUCCUGCUGGACACGCACAGCCUGAAAACGGUGCUGAUGGAUCUGCCCUCCAUCGGGUCGCAGGUGCAACGGAAACCACCCGCCAGCUACACGAAGGUCGUCGUCAAGGGCAUGGCAAAGGCGGAAAUGAUAAUUAAGGUCGUGAUGCAGCCCGUCCAUCCGGCGUCGCUCUACAUCGAGCAGUACCUGAAGCUGAUGCCGGAAAGCAGCGUGGUAGAGUUUCACAAGAUACUGGAGAUGAAGAAUGUGCGCAAGAUCGAGCAGCAACAGCUGGUGGAAGCUUACAAGCGGGCUUGCCCGCAGCUGCAGCAGCAACCGCCGACGUCCUCGGCUACCGCUGGCAGUCAGGCGGCGGGCGCCGAAAGUGGCAACAGCACGCAGCAAAGCAACGAACCGCCCACUUCGGGCGGGAAUUCAACGCAAUCGCAGCAAAUUGCAGCGGCUGCAGCCGCAAUCAGUGGCGCCGGUUCCAGUAUUAUGGCCCUGGGAGACUCGCUAAUGGACAAGGGAAGAAUUAAGAAGAUAGAAAAUUUAAUCAAAAAUCGGUUACCGAACUAGUGCGGCUAGAAAUCCCAUUUCCCUUGGUUUCCCUUACGCAUUCGGUAUCUGCCCAUAAAUACAUAAGCUUAACAAGGGUGAUGUACGUUAAUAAAAUAAUCAAACAUCUAUUUAAAUGGAA